AUGGAAUCGAUGAUGAAAGGUCGUGGUCUUCUAUUACUACAAAAAGCGAUGGUGGCUAAUUUACAUGAACCUGAGAACAGUGGCAUGGAGUUGGAGCCUGAUCAGAACUUAACAACGCCUUCAACGAGCACCAAAGGGAUGAACGAAAUCUCAAAAACUGUGGAGUUAGAAAAAAGUCCAUUACCGAUACAAUUACCGUCGACUUACCCCCAGGUGAGACCAUCGUACUAUAUUUCACCGGUUAACAGCGAUGGUAGCGAUUUCGAUGACUCGGAUGCGGAUCCGCAUUUCAAUUUACCUGCCAAAGAGGGAACGCGCCGCCAAACUGUCACCAAUUCAAGAAAAACAUCUCGAUCCUCUAGUUCUAUUUCAAGUUCUAGUUCAAGUUUUAGCUCAUCUUCGGAUAGCUCCAGCAGCUCUUCAAGCAGUAACUCAGAAAUAGGAAAUAAUUCUGUGCCAUCUGCCGAGCUGAAUACUGCCAAUGUUUCACACAACAAUGUUGAAGCUUCCACCUCUCAACCAAAUGCUAAUCAACUUGCUGCAACUAGUGACCUUCGAAGAUGCAGGAAAAGACUACGAAAUCCUACAGCUUGGGCCUUAAAUGUUAAGAAAGCUCUGCGAAAUACUGGAAAGGCUUAUGUAAGUUCCACCAAAAAGAGAGUCCUUGAAAGAGCGGUCAAACCUCCGUGUACCGACAAAUGA